CACAGUUUGGAAAGUUUAGCUGAGUGGAUCCCACCCCUUGUACAGUGAAGGGGAAGAGAGAGGGAACAAUUCAAAGAAGGAGCUGCUGCUGAGCUGGCUUUCACGAUAAGCCUGUUAUCUGUACCCUGCAUGUAUGACAGCUGCAAGCAAACGCCAACUGCAGCCCAAGCUGGACGCACGUAGGGUCUGAGGCUGCGAGCGGGGAGACUGCACGGCGCCUCCAGGAAGGAUGUCGGUGAAGUUGAGGUUCACCUCUCCUAGCGAUGGCCUUGCCGGGGUUGGCCGCAGCCGAUCGUUUGCCGGCUUCAGCACGCUGCAAGUCCGCCAGUCCUCACAGUCGCUGAGGAGAAGCUCGGUAAAAUCAAAGCUGUCGAUCCCUUCAGAGAAAUUGUACACGUCGCUGCGGAAGGGGUCCAUCAGACUGGACCCGCAUCCCCACCAAGUCAAGAAAGUAGCUGACGCCUUAAGGAAAGGAUUAAAUGAGUACCUUGAAGAACAUCAGACCCAGCUGGAUUUCUUGGCCGGCCAGCAGAAGGACGCAAAACGCAACUCCCGGCUGGGUUACUUCUAUGAUCUGGAUAAGGAAAUUCGAUUAAUGGAAAGACACAUCCGGAAGAUGGAAUUCCACAUCAGUAAAAUUGAGGAGCUCUACGAGGCAUACUGCAUUCAUUGGAGGCUGCGGGUCGGGGCCAGUAACAUGAAGCACGCCUUUUCUCUGUCCCCUACUACCAAGGCAUCACGGGAAAGUCUCAUCGAACUGUACAGGAGCUUCCAGGAGUGCACGGUGGACAUGUGUACUAUCGAAGGAGCGUUGGAACUACAUUUGGGGGAAUUCCUCAUCAAGAUGAAAGGUCUGGUGGGUUACGCCCGGCUCUGCCCUGGAGAUCACUACGAGGUGUUAAUACGACUCGGCCGCCAGAGGUGGAGGCUAAAAGGCAAAAUAGAAACAGACGACAGCCAGAUGUGGGAUGAAGAGGAGAGGAUAUUUAUACCGAAUCUCUGCGAAAACUUUGAAAUCAAGGUCGUGGAGCUGCGUGGGUUGUCCACCAUCUCAGUUGGUGUUGUGAUGUGUGACAGUGCGGACUUCUUUACCACUCGGCCGAGAAUCAUCAUUGUAGACAUAACUGAACUGGGAACCAUCAAACUGCAGCUUGAAGUCAUCUGGAACCCGUUUGAUAGCAACAAGAUCCUGUCCACGCCCGGGCUGAGCAGCAAGCUGUCGUCAAGCGUCCGGAAAGUGUCCGUGUACCACUGGACUCCGCCCAACACGCCCAGCUUCCGCGACAAGUUCUGCCCCCAAAGUGACCUGGACAGCACCUACCCGUCCCUGGAUAAGCAUAGCCAGACCCCGUACAUACUGAGCUACCUGGCCAGCAGCGAUCUUCUCCGAGGCCGCAGAAGCGUGGAGACGGGAACAGAACUGAACAGCGUGGAGAGUCUGCGGAACCUGGAGGAGAACGAUGACGAGGCCCCCGCACACCCCAGCCCACCGUCCUCCUGCGGGGACACCCUGCCCUACUCUUCCACCCCAGAGCUGAGAAACGAGUCCCACCCCGACAGGGGCAACCCGCCGCAGAGCCACGAGACUCUGGACAUUCUAAAAGAGACGCCCAACCGCUACGCACACCAGACCACGGAGCCCGCGAGGCUGGAGUUCGAUAAAGACACCACGGCGGAGUCCAUAGAGGAGAGCCUGACCAACAUAAUCCUUCUAGAAGAGAAUCCGGGGGACGAGGAUGAGACAUCGGGAGGCACAGAAAGUGACAAGAGAGAUUCGUUAGCAAGUCGGCUGGGGGAGGUCCUAGACUUGAUCAGAUCGGAAGACGUCACCAGGCAGAAGCUGAAGGACAUGGAGCAGUCGCUCCUGAGCUUCAGCGAGAGAGUCGGGACGAGUGACCCGGCGCAGCCAUCACGUAGCUCCAUGGACAGCCUGACGGUGGAGACGGCGCUCGAGAGCUUCGACUUUCUCAACGCGGAUUUGAGCGCAGACGACAUGUCGGUAUUUGGCAGCGUCCGCGCUCACAGCAAGAGUAACGGGACCGUCAGCGAGCCCGCUGUCCGGUCCUUCUCUUGUAGCACUGAAGUGGACCACGGCGGGCAGAGCACGGGACACCAGGACCUGGACACCCUCCUGUCCAUCCACCUGGAGAUCUGUAAAGCACUGCUGAAGAAACUGACAUCCCGGAACACGGCGCGGAUCAUUCAGAACCAUCUUGUGGAGGAACUGUCCUGGCAGAGAGAAGUGCUGCAGGAUUUGUCUAUCAUCUAUUUCCAGAAGGCGGAGGAGAAGGUGUCCAUUGAGCACAUCUUCCCCAAGACCAAAAAGAUCCGACAUUUCCUGAAGCUGUGGGAGAGCUGUACGCAGCCGGAGUGCCUCUGGUUCUGCUCGGCGGAGACCUUCCUCAACCGACUCAAGAAAAUGUUUGUGAUGAAGAUCAAAGGGAAGUGUCCGGGACAGCUGGAGGCAGUUUUCCGGAGGACGUUAGAGCAGAUGUUCAGUUUCGGAGGGAUCAUGAGCUCUGGCGAGAUUCCAGACAACGUCAUCUCCAUCUUUCUCUUCUAUGGGUACCUGCGGCGAUACCAUGUGGUGGAUCUGGAGAAACACUUUGCUGCGCUCACCAGGGAAGUCACGCUGAUAGGGGAUCUACAGCUCCCCGGGAGGCUCAAGAAGAUUAAAAAACUAAAGGCAAAGAAAAUUGCCCGUCUCCAGCCUCUGCCGCAGUUCCUCAAGUUGGUCGCCCCCUUCCAGAUAGACGAAAACCUCAAGCUGUGCAAAACCGCCACCAACUUCUUCUGCCGGGCGUCCGCCAACAAACACUUCAAGCAGAAGGCCUUGCUGUACUACACUGAACUCUUAUCUGACAGCGAUCCCAAACUUCAGAGAUCUGCCUGCCUGGCCCUUAAACAUCUAGGGGGGACGGCCAGCAUUGACCAGAUUGCCUGUUUGUGUCAGUCGGAAGUGGAGGAGGUCCGGAACACUGCCAGGGAGACCAUUGUGUCCUUCGGUCAGAGAGGGCGACAAGUCUUCCGGAAGACGGACAAGAUCUGCCGCGAGCUCCAGGAGACGCUGACGCUGGACGGCGAGAUAGAGAUCACGGUGUUCUGAGACCGGAAGGGACUGCGUGUAACAUUCCC